UCGUGGGCGGCAGUGAUUCAUUUUCCGGAAUUUCUAAAAGAUUCGCUCACCUAUACCAUACAGGCGUUAGUCACCAGCAGAGCAUAAGUUGCAGAGCACGUCGGGUUUUUUACAGCAUCAAACAAGUUUCGGGAACUUAUUAGAAAAGAAAGCAAACCAUAUGCCUUCCAUGGCGAACAGAACUCUAAAAUCCGUAAGGGUGAUUGACAUAGAAAAGCGCCGAUUACCGUCUAAGCAUUAUGUCUACCUUAUCGAGAUAAAAUGGAGCGACGGCAGUCUUUGUACAGUUGGGAGAAGGUUCAGUGCAUUUUUCAUGAUGCAUAUGACGCUGUUGGAGAAAUUUCCGCUGGAAGGUGGACAGAAAGAUCCAUCCAGGAGAAUCCUUCCCUUCUUACCUGGGAAAAUAUUGUUUAAGCGUUCCCACACCCGUGAUGUAACACUGAAGAGACUGGGCAGUAUCAGUGAAUACUGUGAGUCAUUACUUCUGUUACCGGAGCACAUAUCACAGUGCGAUACUAUAUUGAGGUUCUUCGAAACUAGCUCUUCCGAUAUCGCCCGGGACACAAAGGAGAAGACACAAAGUACCGCUGUCUCGCAGAUAAUUCAAGACAUAACGGGACCGAUAGAGCUUGAAACGUAUAUCGCUAUUGCUGAUUAUAAAGCUGAGGCAAAGACACAGAUUAGUUUGCAUUCUGGUGAAACGGUGGAGGUUGUUGAAAAAAGUGAAAGUGGCUGGUGGUUGGUGUGUAAUACAUACGGAUCCAAUGGUUGGGUUCCAGGAGCCUACCUUGAAAAGGAGGAUGGCAGUGAAGAAGAUUUGGUGACAGAAAAGGCUGCAGUGGGACAAGGUACGUGGUACGUCGCUACGUCACACUACGACGCUACUUCUAACGACGAGAUAAGUUUCCCGAUGGGAGCAGCGUUGGAAGUUCUGCAAAUUAAUCUAGAAGGAUGGUGGCUAGCAAGGUAUAAUAGUAACGAAGGCUGGGUGCCUGGCUCGUAUUUGGAAAAAUCAAGACGGACGUACAGUUGGGCGACUGACACAGCACCAACUGAAAGUGUUCCUGGUGCAGCAGAAUCAGUCAAGAAAUCGACAUUAGCACUCGUCAAGCCACCGCCGAAAAGAGCAACAAUCAGAAGGACGCUCAAGGUGACAAGGGGACAAGAUAGCAUUAAAGAGAAACACGACGAAGACAACCUGUAUAUAACUUUAUUCGAUUUUGAUUCUUCAAUUGAAGACGGCCUUAGCUUUAAAGCCGGGCAAAUCGUGAAGGUAAUUGAGCAGUCGGAUAACGGCUGGUGGUUGGCAACACUAAAUGGCGCCGAGGGUUGGGUGCCGUCAAGUUACUUGGAAAGCAAAACAACGGAAGCCGAACCUGCAAGGAAUACAAAUCCCGGGUUUUCGGCAAAGAUGGUUUUGCCAAAAAUCGAAGAAACUGGCGCUGGGCGAUCUUACGAUCCUGGUCAAGCUAAGCAGAAGCUCAUAGGUUCUCCGCUGAAGUUGAAGUUAGAAGGCAAAGAAAGAAACACGCCGUUCCAACUCCAGGCAAAUAAACAAGUGCGACCUGUAUCUCCUGUCUUUCCACGGAAAGCAGACGCAUUGACAGGAAAAACAGGACAAGAAGACUUAUGGAGAAAACUUCAGGAUAUUAAACGUCGUUCAAACAGUGAUGAAAACCCGGAGUUAAAAUCGAUAUUUCGGGAUCGCUACCCAACGCCGAAGAAAAGUCAGUCUCCGUGGCGAAGUUCUUCACCGUCUAUGAUGGAAUCAUAUCUAGAAAUGAAAUCCGUGGAUGUGAAACCGACAGAGUUAGAGGAAUGGUUCAAAGACGUGACAAGGCAACAAGCAGAAGCUGCUCUGCUUGCAGAAAAUAAGGAAGGAAGUUUCGUUGUAAGAAAAAGUCGAGCCGGUGGCGCGAAAAACCCUUACUCAUUCACGCUGUUGCAUAAUCAGACAAUAUUUAACUUUCACAUCAGAAAGAGAGUUUCUGACGGUAGAUUCGCCACCGGUUUGUAUACAGAAGGUGAAAAAUCCUUUGCCAGUGUGAAAGAAAUGGUUGAUUUCUAUAAAUACAAUACACUAGUAGUGGGUGAUGAGACAAAUAGAGUCCGCCUAUCUGCACCUCCGUUUAGUUUGUAGACUAACUUGGUUUUAUCUUGUAACACUCUCCAUAAGUUUUUGGUUGCACUCUUUUUUUUCUUUUGAUAUAUAUAUAUGUAUAACUGCUUUCGUUUUUUUUUAUUCCUGCAAUUGUCUCAGCAGUGCUGUGUAAAGUAAUUUAUUAUGUAUAUAAGUUGUAACUCGAUCUUUUUCAGUCCGAUUUCUGUUAUGACUUUGUAAAAAAAUA